AUGAAGAGAUGGUGUUUAUUCUUUCAAACAAUUAUUUUUUUGGUCGUUUUGCAUAAUACUCGUUCAAUUUUUUCUAAAGAAGAUGAAAGAAAAAAGCUUUUUAAAGAGUCAUACUUUAAUUAUGAACAGUUAACUGAUUAUUUGCACUAUAUGAGUGAAAAAUAUUCAAAUAUAAUUAAAUUACAUAGUGUUGGAAAGUCAGUUCAAAAUCGAAAUUUAUGGGUUGUUGAGAUAAACACAGACGCCGAAAAUCGGUCUCUUCUAAAGCCCAUGUUUAAAUAUGUUGCUAACAUGCACGGAGAUGAAGCUGUGGGUCGACAAUUGUUGGUAUUUUUACUAGAUUAUUUAGUCGAAAAUUAUGGGAAAGAUUCGAGAAUUACUAAAUUAAUGAACGAAACUAAUAUAUUUUUAAUGCCGUCUGUUAAUCCUGAUGGAUUUGAAAAUUCUCAGGAAGGAAAUUGUGACUCUUUGCCUGGCUUUGUGGGACGAACAAAUGCUAAUGGAAUUGAUCUUAAUAGGGAUUUCCCUGAUCAGUUUGACUAUAUUUUUAAAAGACCAUCAAUAAGAAAAUAUCAACCAGAAACCUUGGCCAUGAUGAAAUGGAUUGUUCAAAAUCCUUUUGUACUGUCUGGGAAUUUACAUGGUGGUGCUGUAGUUGCUAGUUAUCCAUUUGAUAAUGCUCCGUACACUAAUAUAAGCUGUUGUCAAAAAAGUCUUACAGCAGAUAAUCAAUGGUUUUUAUUUGCAGCCAAGGAAUAUGCAAGACACAAUUCUGUUAUGUCAAAGGGUGCUUACUGUUCUGGAGUAAAACGUUUUCCUGAGGGAAUUACAAAUGGAGCUUAUUGGUAUUUUGUUUCUGGAGGAAUGCAAGAUUUUAAUUAUAUUAGAUCAAAUUGCUUCGAAGUUACAUUUGAAUUAACUUGCUGUAAAUUUCCACUUUCGACAGAAUUAAUAAAUGAAUGGAAUUUAAACAAGGAAUCAUUGAUAUCGUUUAUGGAAUUGGUUCACAAUGGGAUUAAAGGUGUAGUUUUAGACGAAGAUCAAAAACCAAUUGAAGGAGCUCGAAUUAUUGUUAAAAAUUUAAAUCAUACUGUUGUAAGUACCGGAAGGGGAGAAUUUUGGCGUCUUUUAGUACCUGGAAAAUAUGAAGUUGCAGCCGAUGCUCGAGGAUAUCGUCCCAGUGACCCAAAAGUAGUAAAUGUAGAGUCCGAUAAGCCAACUAUCGUUAAUUUUACACUUUACAGAAAACCAGAUGAUGAACUAUCACAUUCAAUUAAAAAAGUUGUUCAUCCAUCCUCUGCAGACCUCUUUGGGUUUUUAAUUCCUCCUGUAUUUGAAUACCACAAUUAUGAAGCUUUGGAAUAUGAAUUAAAAUUAUUAUGUAAAAUGUAUCCAAAAAUAACUUAUUUGUACAGCAUAGGACAAAGUGUAGAAGGUCGAGAAUUAUACGUAUUAACAAUAUCAGAUCAACCUAGAAUCCACGAACCAGGAGAACCGGAAUUUAAAUAUAUCGCUAAUAUGCAUGGAAAUGAAGCUGUUGGACGAGAGCUUUUGAUUUUAUUGGCAAAAUAUUUAUGCGAAAAUUAUUUAAAAGACGAAAGAAUUACACGAAUCGUUAAUAAUACAAGAAUCCAUUUGAUGCCCUCCAUGAAUCCUGAUGGUUUCGAAAGAGCACAUGAAGGAGACGAAGACGGUUUAAUUGGUCGAAGAAAUGCCAACAAUUACGAUUUAAAUAGAAAUUUUCCCGAUCAAUAUGGUACGACUAAAGAAAAUGAAAAAACUCAACCAGAAACUGCUGCAGUUAUUAAAUGGAUUCAUUCUUUACCUUUUGUACUUUCUGCAAACUUACACGGAGGAGGUUUAGUUUCAAAUUAUCCUUUUGAUGAUGUACCGAAAGGGAAAAGAAAGGGUCCUAAUUUUUCUCCUGAUAAUGAUGUUUUCCAACUGUUGGCACGGGUUUAUUCAAACUCUCAUCCGACUAUGCAUCUAGGUAAAGCGUGUCCGAGAUAUCCAAAGGAAGCUUUUAAAGGAGGAAUAACUAAUGGAGCUAAUUGGUAUUUGGUAAAAGGAGGCAUGCAAGAUUAUAAUUAUAUUCAUUCUAAUUGUUUUGAAUUGACAAUAGAAGUAGGAUGUUUUAAAUAUCCCAAUCAUACUGAAUUAUCAAAAUUCUGGAUUCAAAAUCGUGCUCCUUUGAUUGCAUUUAUGGAACAGGUUAACAGAGGCGUUCACGGAUUUAUAAGAAGUUCUGAAGGUAAUCCAAUUCAUAAAGCAAUUUUGACAAUAUCUGGUAUUUCUCAUAAAACAACUUCAGCAAAAGAUGGCGACUAUUGGCGGCUACUUGCGCCUGGCACAUACAACAUCACUGUAACUGCUCCCGGGUACGAGAAGUUAACGGAAACUAUUUCUAUUCCCGAUACAAAUACAGGAAUAUCUGUAAACUUCACAAUGGUAAGAGACGAUCCUAAGGAGUGGUCAUACGCAGAAGAUUUUGAUAUCAGUCAAAACGUUUCUCCUUUACAAGAAAAAUAUUUAAAACCGGAAGAUUUGUUUCGGGAGUUACAAUUUUUAGAAUUGCUCGAUUCUUCUUGUACGGAACUUUUCUCUUACAAUAAAAUGGACAAUAAAAUUUUACAUCAUUUGAAAAUUACUCAUGAGAUCGGUUCUCCCGAAGAAGAAAAAUUUCAUAUCGUCCUCUUAGGAGAUUUAUAUACAAGUGAAUCAGUAGGAAGAGAAAUUUUAAUUAGAUUUGCAAGACAUUUAGUAUAUGGUCAUAAAUCUAAAGAUACGGAAACGAUUGAAAUUUUGCAAAAAUCUGUACUUCAUAUACUUCUUAGCGAAAAAGAAUGCAAUGAUGAGAAUCAUAAUUUAAUGGAAUAUUCACAUUUGGAAUAUAUUCAAUUUUUAAAAUCUUUAUUCGAAAUAAAAAAUUUUGAUGUUGGAUUAAGUGUUAGAGGUGGUGGAUUUUAUUUAAAUUUUCCAACGUUAGGGGUUAAAGAAUCAACUCAGAAAAUAUUUCAAAGUUAUUCCCUUCGUUUUUAUGAAAAAAAUGACAGACUUCAAAAUAUCGAUUAUGAUGAUGAAAAAUGUUCACACGUAUCAAAUUCUAAAAAAAAAAAUGUUUUCGAAGUUUUAUAUAGAGAAUCUGGAGUACCGUUCGUAUCUGCUCACGUUAGCUGUUGCAUGCAACCGUUACCAUUAAAAUUAACAAAUAUAUGGAGAGAAAAUCUUAAGAGUUUAAUAAAUUUUGUAAAAGUAGGUAAUCAGGGUAUAAUUAUACAGGUGGUGGAUGAAAAAAUGGAUCCCAUUCGUCACGCGCAAAUACACGUGGACGUUUUUGAAAAAAUAAAAAAUGUUACUUUUAAUUUUGCUUUUUUCAAAGCUUUGGUUCCGCCGGGAAAAUAUUUUAUCGAGGUUUUUGCACAGGGAUACGAAAGAAAGACUUUGUCGGUCAAGGUUGAAGAAAAUGUUAUAUUUCGAAGCGUGGUUACUUUAUAUUUGAACAAAGGAAAAAAUCCCGACGGAAAACAGGAUAAUUUUUAUAAUUCAAAUAAUUUGUACAAAAAUCAAGAGGGAGACUCCCAAAUAUGGGGUAUGCCUCGUAUAGCAUUUAUUAUGUUAAUUAGUUGGUUGACAUUUUUAUUAUUUUGUUUAAUAAUCGGAACAAUAGUAUUCUGUGAAAAACAUUUUAAACGACAUCGUUCCGAAUUUCGCUCUUCAAUGCCGUAUUACGAUGAAGACUACGAUAAUGAGACGGAAAAUUCUUCAGAAGAGGAAGACAUAUUGUUUGAUGUCAAUGUAAAUUCAUAG